UCCUAUCCCCCUCUUAAACCCCUUGUCUGUACUUUCUUCUUGCCUUCUCUGUUUAGUUAUUUUUUGCGGGGUUCUGUUAGACUGUGCGCAGUCUUCUUUAUUCUCUAAAAAAAACUUUUCGCUGACCGGCUGCUUAGACAUGCGAUUGCACCAGUGAAUACGGAAUUAUAUCUGACCUACAAAUGGCUUCUAGAGCUCUUUUGAGACGGAAGGGAUUCAUUUUCGAUUACCUAAAUGCUUCCACUCGUACGAUUCAGACAUUCCAGUAUCUAGGGCAAACAGCAAAGGAUUUUGAUUCAUUUACUGCAAAUCAGUCUUCAUAUGAAUUUAAUCAUUUGAAGGAAUCACAGAGAUGUUUAGUGGAAAAAGCUGAGUUGCUUGGUGUUUUAGGUUUAGGGUUGUUUCAGCGUAGGUUUUACAGUUCGAAUACUGUUUUGGGUCCUGGAAAUGUGCCACGGGAGUUUGUCCGAAUGAGAUUGAUGACGAUUUCGAUUCGUAAUGCAUCUACUGCUACUGCUAAGCAACCUGACUUCGGUAGUGAUGAUGAGGAGAAUGCAGAAAAAGUUGCUAAAAAGAGAAAGGAAGCUUCUCCCGAGGAAUGUGAUCAAGCUGUUGAAGGUUUGAGUACUGCAAAAGCUAAAUUGAAAGCUAAGCAUUUGCUUGAAUCUCGAAAGGUUGCCAAAACUAUUUUGCAAAGGACAUGGGCCAUGUUUCUCGGGAUUGGUCCUGCUUUAAGGGCGGUAGCUUCUAUGAGCAGGGCUGACUGGGCCAAGAAACUUGGCCACUGGAAGCAUGAAUUUGUCUCAACUUUGAAACAUUACUGGUUAGGUAUUAAGCUUUUGUGGGCUGAUGUGAGAAUUAGUUCAAGAUUGUUAUUAAAACUUGCUGGUGGGAAAAGUCUGUCUAGAAGAGAAAGACAACAGCUAACUAGAACCACUGCAGACAUUUUUAGACUAGUUCCUGUCGCAGUAUUUAUCAUUGUUCCAUUCAUGGAAUUUUUGCUACCAGUCUUCCUUAAAUUGUUCCCGAACAUGUUGCCUUCAACCUUUCAAGAUAAGAUGAAAGAGGAGGAAGCACUCAAAAGGAGGUUGAAGGCAAGAAUAGAAUAUGCUAAGUUUCUUCAGGAUACAGUCAAAGAAAUGGCUAAGGAAGUUAAACACUCGCGUAGUGGAGAACUUAGAAAAACUGCUGAAGAUCUUGAUGAAUUUUUAAACAGGGUGAGAAGGGGUGCAGGUGUUUCUAAUGAAGAGAUAUUGGGGUUUGCUAAAUUGUUCAAUGACGAAUUAACAUUGGACAAUAUUAGCAGGCCUCGGUUGGUCAGCAUGUGCAAGUACAUGGGAAUUAGUCCCUUUGGGACCGAUGCAUACUUGCGUUAUAUGCUCCGUAAAAGACUUCAAAGUAUCAAGAAUGAUGAUAAGUUGAUUAAAGCGGAGGGCGUGGAGUCUCUUUCAGAGGCUGAACUCCGGGAAGAUUGUAGAGAGCGAGGCAUGCUUGGUUUGUUAUCAGUUGAAGAAAUGCGGCAACAGCUUCGAGAUUGGCUGGAUCUGUCCCUCAAUCACUCUGUUCCAUCUUCACUUAUGAUUCUUUCAAGGGCCUUUACUGUAUCUGGAAAACUGAAACCAGAGGAAGCUGUAAGGGCGACACUUUCUUCUCUGCCUGAUGAGGUUGUGGAUACUGUUGGUGUUACAGCUCUGCCAUCGGAAGAUUCUGUUUCUGAGAGGAAGAGGAAGUUGGAGUACCUUGAGAUGCAGGAAGAACUAAUCAAGGAGGAGGAAGAGAAAGAGGAAGAAGAGCUUGCCAAGAUGAAUGAAUCUAGGGAAGAGGAUGUGGCACUAAAGGAGAUGGCUGCAUUGACAGCACCUGAAGCACAAGAAAAGGCCAGAGAAAGAGCACUGGAGAAACAAGAACAUCUCUGUAAACUUAGUCACGCACUGGCAGUUUUAGCUUCAGCCUCUUCAGUGAGUCGAGAACGUGAAGAGUUCUUAAGCCUUGUAAAUAAGGAGAUUGAGCUUUAUAAUAGUAUGGUAGAGAAAGAGGGCGCAGAUGGAGAAAAAGAUGCUUUUAGAGCAUAUGUAGCUGCUAGAGAGGAAGGUGGUCGAGCUCCUGAAGAGGAUGAACGUGAUAAUGUUUCCUCCGCACUAAUAAACAGGGUUGAUGCCAUGCUUCAAAAUCUGGAGAAGGAAAUCGAUGAUGUAGAUGCCAAAAUUGGUGAUCAAUGGCGAUUACUAGACAGGGAUUAUGAUGGAAAAGUUACACCCGAGGAGGUGGCAUCUGCUGCAAUGUACUUGAAGGACACAUUAGGCAAGGAAGGUAUCCAAGAACUUAUUAGCAGUCUCUCUAAAGAUGGAGAUGGGAAGAUUCUCGUUGAAGACAUUGUCAAGUUGGGUAGUCGCAUAGACGAUUCAAGAACCGCCGAAGAGGGUAGUUAGGCAUUCUUGAUAUAACCUUUGCAUAUGCUCUGAUGUCCUAUAGAACCUAGCUAAUUAGUAGCAUAGUCAGCUCAUCAUUCGACGGGCUGUUUGAAGCAAAGAUCUCCGAGUGCUUCAAGUUGCAAAUGUCAACUGUCGAGUUUUUUUGAUAUCGGCUUAAAAACCUAGUCUUUUACAUAUAUAGAAGCAAAUUUAGGCUCUGCUAGCAUCCAGAUAAAGUGCAGGUAUUUACUAAGGCUGUAAAAAUGGAUUUUGAUCGAUGAGAAAAAGAUAUGUACAGAAAAUGAUAGAAUACACCGGCGGUGUUUGAACUUUUCCAAGUUUUUUUA